CGAGCGGGACCCGGGCCGUGCGGGAGCCAUGGCGGCCUCAGAGGCGGCGGCGGCGGCGGAACCCGCGGCUCUGGCGGCGGGCGCCCCGGCCGUCCCAGCGGCCGCGAGGGGAACCGCCGCCGCCGCCUCGGGCCCGUGGGGGACUCCGGGGUCCCGGCUGAGGGGCAGCCGGCCACGGCCCGCGGCGACCCGGCAGCAGCCCGCGGCCCCGGCGCCGCCGGCCCGGGAGCUGAUCCAGCCGUCGGUGAGCGAGCUGUCGCGGGCCGUGCGGACCAACAUCCUGUGCACCGUGCGCGGCUGCGGCAAGAUCCUGCCCAACAGCCCGGCGCUCAACAUGCACCUGGUCAAGAGCCACCGCCUGCAGGACGGCAUAGUAAACCCGACAGUAAGAAAAGACUUGAAGACGGUGCCGAAAUUCUACUGCUGUCCCAUCGAGGGCUGCCCCAGAGGCCCCGACAGACCCUUCUCACAGUUCUCUCUCGUGAAACAGCACUUCAUGAAGAUGCACGCCGAGAAGAAGCACAAGUGCGCCAAGUGCGGCAACUCCUACGGCACCGAGUGGGACCUGAAGAGGCACGCGGAGGACUGCGGCAAGACCUUCCAGUGCACGUGCGGCUGCCCCUACGCCAGCAGGACGGCGCUGCAGUCUCACGUCUACCGCACGGGCCACGAGAUCCCCGCGGAGCACAGGGACCCACCUAGCAAGAAAAGGAAAAUGGAGAACUUCCUGCAGAACCAGAAGCUGUCCGCAAAGACCAUCGAAUCCUUGAGCAGCCAGCCACACCCUCCGCAGGACCCCCAGGAACUGGAGACCUCAGAAAUCAAACUUGUGGCCUCUCUUGAGGACUCUCAGGGCCCCAGGAAGCAGAGUGGCCCCACACCUCCGAGACACCCUCAGAAGCUGCUCCUCCCAAAGCCCAAGGUGGCCCUGGUGAAGCUUCCAGUCAUGCAGCUGUCACCUAUGCCAGUCUUCGUGCCCACGGCCGACUCCUCGACCCAGCCCGUAGUGCUGGGAGUCGAUCAGGGCUCUGCAGCGGGCGCCGUGCACCUAGUGCCCCUGUCGGUGGGGGCCCUGAUCCUGGGGCUGGACUCUGAGGCCUGCUCCCUGAAGGAGAGCCUGCCUCUCUCCAAAGUCAUCAGUCCCAGCGUCGAGCCAGUCAGCACCGGCGUCCAGGUGAACUUGGGGAAGUGUCCUUCUAACCCUUCCCAGGAACUGGGGAGCCUGUGUCCAAGGAACGGCAUUUCGUCCAUCAACGUGCAGAAAGACCUGUCCUGCGCCUCACAGCACUUGGUCCCCUCUGUCCCAUGGGUCGGCCCUGACUCCUCCGUGUCGUCUUGCUCUCAAACUGACCUGUCGUUUGAUUCGCAAGUGUCCCUUCCCAUUAGUGUCCACACUCAGACGCUCCUGCCUGGUUCUAAAGCAGUGUCAUCCAUCGCUGCUCAGACAGACGCCUUCAUCGACCCCUGUCUUGAGCCAGGCGGGGUCUCCAGGGAGACCCAAACCUGCAGGGUACCGGAGCCCCCCAGCCACCCCAUGCAGAUGGACCAAGCUGGGAUGUGUGGGGACCUCUUUGAUAGUGUCCACUCCUCAUACAGUGUCCCCACAGACAGUAUGAUAAGCAGCAGUUUAGUAGCGGAGACCGUCACCCACAGUUUAUUACCUCAGAACACCCCGAAGGUUUUGAGUGAUGACAUGGAGAAAUCCACGCCCCUGCUGCCCUUUGGUGGGCAGAGUGGCAUGCUUCCUGCGCAGACCAUGACGGACAACCAGACCCAAACCAUGGACCUGCUCAGCGACCUAGAAAACAUCUUGUCAAGCAACCUGCCUGGCCAGACGUUGGACAACCGUGGUCUUUUGUCUGACACCAAUCCCGGGCCUGACACCCAGCUCCCCUCCGGUCCCACCCAGAACCCCAGCAUCGAUUUUGAUAUUGAAGAGUUUUUCUCCGCCUCCAACAUCCAGACUCAGACUGAAGAGAGUGGCCUCGGCGCCAUGAGCACAGAGCCAGUCCUGGAGUCGCUGGACAUAGAGACCCAGACCGACUUCCUGCUCGCAGACCCGUCUGCGCCCCCUUACGGGUGCAGGGCCGGCGCCCACUUCCUAGGGCUCGAGAUGUUCGACACGCAGACGCAGACGGACUUAAACUUCUUCCUGGACAGCAGCCCUCACCUGCCCCUCGGCAGCAUCCUGAAGCACUCCAGCUUCUCCAUGAGCACCGACUCCUCCGACACCGAGACCCAGACCGAGGGGCUGUCUGCCGCCCGGCACGCCCCCGAGCUGGAGGGCAAGGUGCAGCAGAGCAGUGCCGAGACGCAGACCAGCAGGUCGGGCCUCGAGGCCCUGGGGAGCUUGUUUCUCACCAGCAACGAGACGCAGACAGCCAUGGAUGACUUCCUGCUGGCCGACCUGGCCUGGAACACCAUGGAGUCUCAGUUCAGCUCCGUCGAAACCCAGACGUGUGCCGAGCUGCACAACUUCUAAAGGAGCAGGCCAGUGCGGGUGGCAUUGGCCAUUUCCUCCUCCCAGACUUCAAAAAAAGGCCGAACAGGGAUGACAGUGUUAGCUCCGGUGAAUGUAGUCCAUGACAUGGUUGCUUAGGUUCUUUGCCAUCCUUUCCUUUUGUACUUGUAAACAGUUCGCGUGUAAAUGUGCGUGUAUCAUACAGUGUAAGAUGUUGAUCUGAAAAUGUUUUCGUGUUGCCUACAGUCUCGCUUUCACAGCUGGUCUUUCCAUCUGUGUUAAACGCGCUCAGCCAUUUAGCGGAAGCCAAGCUUACCGGCACCGGGGUGCAGACUCCUCCCGUCUUCAGUGUCUUAGCAAGCGUGGCCCGAAAGCUGCACCUACAGUGCUCGAGAUGCCACGGCACUGGUACCCACUUUGCUGCCUCUCCCCAUCUCUGCUCCCCUCAGACACCACAGGAAACCGGGAAACCGCAGCUGUCUUUGUGCAGGUUUUACAGUGGUUUCCUGAAGUCCUUCUCCUGAGCAAUCACUGAUGCGGGCACAGUCCUGCCUCACCGGAGGUUGUGGCUGUGGAAUUACCGCCUACAGACGGAGCAACCAGCACUUACCAGAAAUGGCGAGGGUGACGAAGUUGAGGCUGGUUAAAGAGCACGGUACCUCCCUGUGCUCUCACCCCACCAUCAACCCGGCAGACACCUGUGAGCAAUGGUGUGGGGUCUCUGCACCCUGCACACGGUCCCUCAGCGGGUUCCACUGGGUGCCUGCCACGCGAUCCCAUCCUGACACCACCUGCAGCCCAGCCCUGCGGAGCGUCUGGCAAGCUGCCGGAAAUCGGAGUCGCCAUCUCUCCCUCCUUGAGUUCCUUUAAUUUGCUAGAGCAGCUGGCACAGGACUCAGGGAACCACAGGCCGUGGGGUGGGUCUGGGCGACGAAGGGCUGCCGGGGGGGGGGGGGGGGCAGUGCGGGAAGGGGACAGAGCUGCCACGCCCACGCAGUUAGGACCUCCAUGUUCUAGGACCUCCUGGGUUCAGCUGUCCAAAGCUCUUGGAACCCAGUUCUCUCGGGUUCUGAUGGAGGCCUUGGUGAUCAGCUUACCCUGCAGCCCCACUCCCCUCCGGGAGGCUGGUAAGAGGUGCAAACAGCCCAGCGGUCUAACCAGGAUGGGUCCCAUCCUAGUGCUGUCUGGGGCCGUCAGCCCCCAGUGAUUGCAACAACAGCAAAGGCUUACUACAGAGUCCCGGGGGUUACAGCGUGUGCGCGCCAGAAGGGAGACCAGGUGUCCAUGUCACAUUACCACGUCCACAGACACCUCACUGCACCAUGGCGGCUUCCCAUCCACUUUGCCCACCGCUGCCUCCCAGGACUGUCCCUCCUCGGACUGCAAAAGCCGAAAAGGACGUUGCCCCCAUGCCCAGAUUCCACUACUUCGCACUUCAAAGCUUUACGGGACAAGGGUGCAAUCUCUGGCCACUUCAAAGUGGCUUUUCCUUCACCCCCACUCAUCUUUUCCCUGAAUAAGGAAGCACGUUGGUCGAGGAUAUAUAUUGUGCCUUGAGGCUAAGUCAUACAAUAGAUCCAUCCAAAUGCCGAGUCCUGCGCAUCCUUGCUUUACUUAAGGAGUAACAUAAUCUUCAAAGAAAAGAAAGAAGGUGGAAACCUAUUGCUUCAAGAACGUGUUCUGUGGUUUUGAGCCAAGCACACAGUCAAGUACGCUUCGCCGGUUCUUUGCAUCCAAGGUCCUGACUUAUAGUUGCCCAGCUGUCAGGAAAGUGACUCAGCCCAGCCUGUGAGGUCUGCAUUUACUCCAAAAUGCCCCGCACAGGUUUCUUCAGAGCGAAGAAGUGGACUAACGGUGCGCUGAAGCACGUCAGUGCCGUGCUGCUAACACUCAUCCCAGCCCACACCACGACCUGAUAAGGACAGACCAACAGCAGCCGGGCGGAGAUGAGUUCAGCCUGUCGGACAGUGUGCUUCGAUCGCAGUUGCCUGUGAACAUGGGUUUCAAACAUAAAGCCUUAACUUAAGAUUGUCAUUGUUUUAGAAUUGUCACUGCCUUAAUGUUCAGACAUUUAUUUAAGUCAUCCUGAUAAAGGAGAAAUGCAUGUUUGUUUAUGGCUUUUUGUAAAUAUCAAUGCAGUGAUCUAUGGCUUUAAAUGUUUUUUGUGUGUCCGUGAAAAUGUUUGUUAAGUCAGCCAAUAGUUAUUUACAGACAAAUGGAGCAUGUGAUUGUUCUUCGUGUGCAAGAACUGUUUCUCCCCAAAACUGUAGUCCACUGGCUUGUCUUGAGGUUAUUUGUAAAAACUGAAAUCAGUGAUUAAACAGAAACUAGUGUUCUUCUUUUGCUGUGAA